AUCACCACACAACACAUACCGAUCAUCCAAGUUUGAGCUGCACGUACGUACGCCAUGGAAGGCAAGGGUGGUCUCCGGGCUGUGAUCCUCCUCCUGGGCGCGGUCCUCGUCAUAGGGAGCAUGGUGCCGCUGGCCCAGGCAGAUCCGACGGCCGCCGCCACCGGAGCUGCGGACGCCAAGUUCUGCUGCAAGGACAAGAUAGGGAGCCACUGCUACGCCGCCUGCACCACGCAGUACGGCCCCAUCCCGUUCUGCGCGGAGAUGUGCUGCUGUGUGCAGCUUACGAGCGGCAGAUGCCCGAGGCAAUGCCCUACCCCGGCCGACCCCAGACUUUUUCUUGCGGAUAGCUCCGCCUCCGACCUUCUCACCAGCAACGCCGUUGAGGUCGAGAGCUGCACGCUGAGGUGCUCGUCCAUCGUCUGUCACAGCAUGCGCAACGUUGUGGAUGGCGGCAGCGAGGGGACGAAAGCCGUCGUGGAGCGCUGCGGCGAUGCAUGCGGCCGCUUCUGCGCCGGGGCCGGCGGCGUUGCAUCCCUUGAUACUUAAUAAUAGUACUAUCAAUCAAGCAUGCAUAUCAUGCACGUACGCGCUCAUGCGUGCGUCCGGAUGCAUGUGCUAGCUGCCACUACGUACUGAGCAGCCCAGAGACGACGCAUCUCUGUGUUUGCUCUUUGUUUUCAUCAUCAGUAUAAUAAUUGGAUUCCACCGUCUGAUGGUGCGUAUUCAAGUUCAAGCCAGUGUGUGACGACGUCGCCUUGGAUAUAAGUAUAUACGCGUUCAUCAUGGCGUGAUGUGUUCAUGCGUAUGUACGUGUUGAACGAGCUAGCUAGUAUGCUGUACUCCCUCUAUCACAGUUUAAAGGGCGUAUCUUCAAAACCAGAAUUUUUCACAAUUAGAGAGAAAUAGGGCGCAUGUCAUUAAUUAGCCUAUUAACUGCAUCGUUUUGGGAGGAAUUAGCUCCUUCCGUUUGCCUUCCUGGUGCGCAUGCAUGGUGUGAACUGAAAUUACUCCACCAAUGCAUGCGAUGGUUUUCUUCUUUUACUGGACGGAGAGGUUACUAUGUGUUUGUUUGGCGAUUAAUUAGGCGCAUAUCCUUAACUACCGCAGCUCCAACGCAUCGGUUAUUCCUACCAAUCGCUAGCAACCUUGGGCCCAGAGAGAUGUGAGGUACGCC